CUGAAUUCUUCCAAAAAAAAAUCAAAUUAAAAAAUGCUUAAAGGCUCCCUUUUCGUUUUUUUUUGUUAUGUAUAUUUCAAUGUAGACGCUCCCUAGCAAGGAGUGUGCGCCUUUUAAGUUGCAGACGGUCCCUUUAAGUCGCGCAUCGCGGCCGUCCAAUCAGAGCGAAGGAAGUUUUGUUUCCGGGAAUGUUUUGGUGAUGUGGCUAUGCUCUGCCAUCCAUCCGAGGAAAUAUAGCUUUUAAAAAGCAGACACAUUCACCUGGGAAGCAACCGCACAGGGCCGGCUCUAUGUUCAGCCGUCUGGCCACGGUCCUCCAGGAGCUCUCUGGAGAGGAGGGACCAGAUGGAGAUCCGCAGGGCGUGCUGGUGCCUCAGCUCCCGGCCGAUGAGGGCCCGGCUCCUGAGGAGUCACCGGAGGAGGCCAUCGAGAGGCUGGCUCACCUGGAACAACUGGUUGUCCAGCUGAAGGAGCUCAUCCGAGACAAAGACGCUCAGCUGUUUAACAAAGAUGCACAGCUCAGAAACGAGAAAGAGGAAGCCGAGGCUCGCUUCACCAAGCUCAAACUGCAAGCCAAAGCCAAGAUGGUGACACUCAACAAACAGAUAACGGACUUGAGAGGACAAGCAGGAGCGACAAGUCCGGACGUCUCUUUCACCGGAGCCGGCGCUGCCGUCGAGGAGGAGCUGCAGGAGCUGAAGAACAAGCUCAGCGACGAAGAAGCCAAAAGCGGGGAGCUCCGGGAGCAGCUCCGGGCCGCCGAGCAGCUGCUUCGACAGGAGCAGUCCGCCCACGCCGAACAGUUGGGGACACUGCAGGCUGUCGUCUGCGAGAAGGACGUGCGUUUCCAAGAACAGAUCCAGAAACACGAGGAGGAGCUGCUGAGGGUCGCUGCUCAGUCUCAGGUGGGCGGCGAGCUCCAGCAGGCCCUGAAUGCAGCACAGAGGCGCUGUGAAGAGCUCGAGGGAGCCUUAAGCUCUCGCUCCCAAGUUCUGGAAAUGCUGCAGCAGGAAGUGAGCAGUGCUGAUCAACAAAAACAGAUCUUGACCGCUCAGUUCCGGCAGAUGGAGCAGGAGCUGGCCGAGGGCUUCCAGCGGAGGGAGGAGGAGAGGCAGCAGUGGGCCGAACAGGCCAGCAGGGCGGACGCGGAAAUCGCGGCCCUCCGCGGCGGCCUGGAGGAGUUGGAAAGAGAGAGGGCGGCGGCGGCGGCGGCGGGGCAAGAGGGCGAGCUGGAGUCCCUGAGGGAGGCGGAGCUUGCGAGUCGGGAGGCUCUGGGGGAGGAAAAGGUGGAAGUUGCCAGGUUGGAGAGAGAGCUGGCUCUGACGAAGGAGGCCUACCGAGUGAGCCGCGACGCUUCAGAGAGCGACGGGGCGGAAAUAGUGCGGCUGCAAAGGGAACUCGCUUCCGCGAGAGAGGAAGUCGUCCACGCCGGCCAGGACGCCUCAGAGAGGGAGACGUCAGAAGUUGAUAAACUGGAGCGAGAGCUGGCCUCGCUAAGAGAGGAGCAUCGAGACGCCCAGAGGAAGGCUGAGACCUUGGCUGAAAUUUGGGCCCCUCUUCGGUCCCUCGCUCUUCAAGAAGCAGCGGAGGGCGUCCCCCUCCCCGAUGACCUUUCGCUGCUCCUGGGCGCCGUGCAGACCAUUGAGACACAACUGGCGAGGCUGAAGGAUGAACGCAGCGAGAGAGAGGAAUAUUGUGCCGAGCUCACCCGCACCAUGGGAACCCUUCAGGAACAACUUGACAGACAAAGCGCUGAAGAGCAGGAAACCACAGCCAAGAUACAACAGCUACAGGAUCAAAUCGUAACGGCGACUGAAAGGGAGGAUGGGACUGAACCAUCAGCACGGGAUUCAUCUGAAGCUGAAAAAGCACACUUACUGGAACUGGAGCAGCAGCUUCGCGAAAGAGACGCCGAGCUGGUUGCCCUGCGGGAAUCCCUCAGACUGGCGAACGAGCGAAGCGCCAGCGGCGUUGCGUCUUGUGAAAAAGACGAUCAGACUCCAGAUGAUGGUCAGGAUGCCAGUGCAGCACCCCAUGAGAGUUCCACGGCCCCUCCUGACUUCAUGGAGGACACGCAAGAAGAUGAGACCACCUUAGUUGCUGAGGACACCUCAGUCCUCUCCAUUUCUGCUGAUAACGAGAGCAGCCCAGAGCUUAUUGGACACCAGUCUGAGUCUCCAGGAGAAUCCAAGGGGGCCUCCUCAGAUGAGAUGGUGGCCAGUAGUGAUUCAGAGGUGGCCCACAGCAGCUGGACCCUGUUGGAAGCUAUGAAUCAAGAUGGAGGAGGCCAGGAGUGGCCGUCCAUCAUGCAGGAGUUUGGCCAGCUGCAGCUGCAGUCCUGGGAGGCAACCAGCAUGGAGCAGGAAUCCUCCACAGUUCAAGUCGAGUCCUCCUCUGUCGUCAUCCGAGAGACGGUACAGCUCCACGUAAGUCACCAGGGUUCUUCCACCACCGACGGUGACAUGGCCUCGGGCCAGGUCUUCGCUCAGGCCUUAGCGGAGGAGCUUCAGAGGAGGUACAGUGAGCUUUUGGCGGAGCUUCAGAUUCUCAGACAGGCGGCUGCAGAGUCGCAGGAGAAAAUCAAGAAUCUGGAAGAAGAUACACAGUCUCUGAUUGCUGCAAAAGAAGAGGCCGAGUCCCGGGCCAGUCAUUUUAUAGAGGAACUGAAGUCAGCCAGAGAGGAGUCUGAGCAGCUCUCUCAGAAACUCCGGUAUGUGGUGGAGAAACACAGCGUUGAAAUGCACCUUCUUGAAGAUCAGGUGGACAUUUUAAGCACUGAAAGUACAAUCAAGGAAGAGACCAUCCAGGCACUGCAGACUGAUCUGGAAAUGUCCCGCCGGGCUUUCUCCGAGCAGGAGGGGCAGGCGAGGAUGCUGAGUGCGCAGCUGGAAGACAGAGAGCUCCUCUCCUCCGAGCUGGAAAGGAAGCUUCAAGAUGCGGAGAACAGCUUGCUGGAAUACUCGCAAACAUCAGAGCUCAACGAUGACACUUUGUCCAAGAAGGACGCGGAGAUCGGCGAGCUACACGUCCGUCUCCGCCAAACAGAGCAAGAGGCGACCGAGCUCAAUGACAGCAUGGCUGCCAAACUCCUCCAAGCAGAAGAAGAGAAGUUCCAGGCGGAAGGGGAAGUGAAUAAACUGAAGGAGCAGAUAGUGGACCUGGAGAAAGCCACGGAGGAGAAUCCGAUGGCGAGCGGCGAAGACUCGGCCGCUGGCGUGCACGAUGAGCUGGCUAGUGUGCAAGCGGAGAAGGCGUUGUUGGAAGCCCAGCUGGUAAACACAAAGAAGAAGCUGCAGGCCGCGCUGGUGCAGCGCAAAGAGCUCCUGAGGAAGGUCGCCGAUUUUGAGGAAGAAGCAAAGGCACAGGCGGCGCGAGGUGAAACGGCAGCGGGAGAAAGUCCUUCUGACAUUCCUGAGGUGGAACAAUCUAGAGGGCCGGACAUCCGGGAGACGGAGGCCAAAGCCGCCGAACUCCAGCAGGCGUUACGAUCCAAAGAAGAGGCGGUUGAGGCUCUUGAGCUGAAAGUGAACCAGCUGGAUCAAGUUCUCGACGAGACUCUCGCGCUGAAUCAGAAGCUAACGGAAGAAGCCGCGGACGCUCAGCAGGCCGACGCUUCUUCCGAAACAGCCGCGCUGCGAUCGCAAGUGGCCUCUCUUGAGGCCGAGUGCGAGAGCCUUCAGAAGAAGGUCCAAGAGGCUCAAGAAUCCCGCAAGGAAACCAUCCGCAAAGCGAAAGAGAAAGACCGGCACCACCGGGAGCAGCUGAAGCAGCAGAAGGAAGAACACAGCGCGCUGGUGGAACGCUUCGAGGUGCAGGGCGGCGAGCGAGAGGAGCUUCUGGCUAAAGUGACAGAGUUAGAAGAGAAAGUGGCGGCUGCCAAAGAACCCCGUCAGGAGGCCGGCCAGCCGGCUCAAAGUGUGGAAAAGCACGCGGCCGGCGAUUGGGUCCAGGAGGACUGGGUGGACUUUGCCACAUCUGAGGCGGAUUCGUCGCGACCACAACCCGGCGACGUGGUCGGGCCCCCGGCCGAGCAGUCCGAGGUCCCCCCAGCGCACAUGGAGGAGGCUGUGCGAGCACUCCGGGGCGAGAUCCAGUCCGUGCGGCUGGCUAACGCGGAGCUGGAGAGGCGGCUGCAGGAAACGCUGAGCAGUUUGUCUCUGAAAGAGGCCGAGUUAUUGGGAUCGGGCAAAGAGCUGCUCGCACUGCGAGAGAAGGAGCGGCAGAUCGACGCCCUCUCGGGGGAAAUUCAUGACCUCAGAGAAAAGUACCGCCAGGCCGAGUCCUACGCGGAAUCCCUCAAAGCCGAGAUGGAGGCCGAAGCGGCGGCGGCAGAUUCCGCGCCCUCCGUCGCAGCUCUUCAGACCGAAGUGCAGGACUUCAAGCAGUUCCUCGACGACAAGAACCGCGAAAUCGUGGAGCUGAGCCAGCAGCUCGGCGAGCAGAGCUCUCUCAUUCGCUCAAUGCAGGACGCCGUGUCUCAGAAGGACGAGCUAAUAUCCGCCUUGCAGGAAGAGCUGAAGGCCGAGCAAGGAAAGGCCCAAAGGUCCGAGGAUGAGCUUCCACAGAAGCAGGAGGAAGGGAAAGACGGUGAGGCCAAGAUCCAGCAGCUUCAGCGAAAGCUCCAGGCGGCGCUGAUCUCUCGCAAAGACGUCUUGAAGGAAAACAAAAGCCAGAAGGAAAAAGUAGCUUCGACUGAGAAGCUUUUAGCCGAGCUGCGACAGAAAAUGGAGUCGGGAGAAGACGAGCUGCAGAAGCUCAGAGCGGAAAAGGCGAAACUGAUCGAUGAGGUUGACCGGACACUACUGGAAAACCAAAGCCUGGGAUCGUCGUGCGAGAGCCUCAAACUGGCCAUGGACGGCAUACUGACCGAGAAGGACGCCUGGAAGAGAGAAGUUGAGCUAGCGAAAGAAGUGGCGGCCGCAGCCUGCGGAGAAUGGGAGGAAAAAGUCCAAAGCAUGAAGGACGAGUACGAGACGCUGCUCAAGUCCUACGAAAAUGUGAGCGACGAGGCCGAGCGAGUGAGACGAGUCCUGGAGGCCGCCAGGCAGGAGAGACAAGAGCUCCUAACCAGGGUGAGAGGGCAGGAGGCCGGCAGGCAGGAAGCUGAGAGACGGGCGGAAGAGGCACAGAAGGAGGUGAACUCGGUGAAAGACAAGAUGAGAAAGUUUGCCAAAACAAAGCAGCAGAAAAUCCUCGAGUUGGAGGAGGAGAACGAGAGACUCGGAGAGCUGCAGGACAAGGAUGUGAUUAAACGAGAGGGCCGGGCUCUCAAAGCGGAGGUGGAAAGACUUCAAGAAGAGACGGUGGUUUUGAAAGCGGAGUUGGACGCCGCUGUGGCAGAAAAGACCUCUUUAGGGCGGCAGGUGGAGGCGUUGAGGGAACAACUCGCCCAGGCAAGAGAGAGCGAGGUCGGUGUGGUUGAAGCUCCGCUGCUUAGCUCUGCAGCGGGUGUAGAAGACCAGGUCCAAGCCCAGAAAUCCGACGGAAUCCCAACCAAAGCAAAGCCUGCCGGGAGUGAAUUCGAGGAUGAAGAACUAAAACCGACUCCAGAAGAGACACCAGCUGACCCAACAGCUGCACCAGAAACACAUGAACCGACCGAGGAAAACACCCAGGCAGAAAUGACGGAAAGCGUUCAAGUUUUAUUCGAGAGCAAGAUGAGGGAGAUGGAGGCCGCGGCCAAUGCAGAAAGGGAACUGUGGCGGGAACAGGAGGCUGGACUCCGAGCCGAGCUGGCGUCUCUCCAGCGAGACCUUCAGGAGAGCGAGGGGAAGGAGGGCCUCGUGGCGUCGCUGGAGAAGUGCGUUCAGGAGGGCAGAGAGCGAGAAAGGAGUCUGGGCGAAGAGGCGUCAAAGAGGGAGGCGCGGGUCAAAGAGUUGCUCCGAAGCCUCGAGGCCGAGAAGGACAACCUGGAGGAGCGGCUGAUGAACCAGCUGGCCCAGCUCAACGGGAGCAUCGCCGGCUACUAGCAGGAGGCGGCCGACAAUCGCCGGCGUCUGGCCGAGCUGCAGCGGGAGGCGGAGAGGUCGGGGAGGGAGCGGGCCGAGCUGGAAGCCGAGGCCCAGAGCGAGGGCGACCGGGCGGCCCGGCUGGAGGAGGACAUGAGGCAGGCCCAGAGGGAGAGAGCCGAGGCCGAGGCCGAUUCGGGCAAGCGGAGGGAGCUGGAGCAGCAGCUGAGGUCGGCCCAGAGGGUCCGAGAAGGCAGCCAGAGCCGAGCGCGCCAGCUGGAGGAGCUGUUGAGGGAGAAGCAGCUGGAGGUCCGUCAGCUGCAGAGGGACUGCAUCAAGUACCAGGAGAGGAUCAGCGAACUGGGCAGAGACGCCAAGUCGCUGCAGGUGGCCCACGACGAGCUCGAAUGCAAGCUGGGACAAUCCCAGCUGGAGACGUCCACGACUGCCGGGGACCUGACCAGGUGCCGAGCGGAGCUGGCGAGCUGCAGAUCCCAGCUGGAGGAGGCCGAGAGGCAGGCGAGCGAGGCCGUAGCCGAGAGGACCGCCGCCGAGCAGACGGCACAAAGGCGCGAGGCCUCGCUGAAGGCCGAGGCGGAGCAGACCCUCGACUCGGUGAGAUUCAGGCUCGGCGCCGAGCUGAAGGAGAUGGAGCUGAGGCUGGAGGAGGUGGACAGAGAAAGGGACCGGGAGGAGGAGGCCACGCUGGAGGCCAGAGAGAUCGCGGGAGCAGCGGAGAGACGCGCCCAGGAGAUGCAAGCCCGCCUGGACGAGUCCCUGGCCCGGCUCGCCGCCUUCUCGCGCUGCAUGUCCUCGCUGCAAGACGACCGGGACAGAGUUCUGGACGAGACGCGACAGUGGGAGACUCGCUUUAAUGAUGCUCUGAAGAGCAAGGAGGCUGAAGUUCGGGAGGCUGAAACGAGGGCCAAGGAACUGACGGAGCAGCUUCAGAGAGAAUCUGCGCUGAAAGAUGGACUGCAGCUUUUAGUGGACAGACUCGAGAAAGCAGACAAAGACUGGCAGCUGAAACUGGAAGAGGAGGUGAAGAAAGUGGCGGCGAGCCAAGCGGACCUGGAGGUGGCGAGCGGCAAGCUCCAGCAAACCGCCACCGAGAUGCAGUCCGCACAACACGAAGCCCGUGCCCUGAAGACUGAGGCGGAGAGUCUAAACCAGAGGGCCAGAGCUCUGGAGGAGGCUGUCGGCCGGCUGCAGGGCGAAGCCGAGCGGGCCAGGGCCGAGCUGAGGGAGAGGGAGGCAGAAGAGAGGCGGCUGUGUCUCAACGUGGAGCAACUGGAGACGGACCUGCGGUCCUCUAAGGCCUUGACGGAGACUCUGCAGACGGAGUUGAACGAGAAGGAACGGAGAGAGGUGGAGAUGCUGGGGGAGAAGGAGCAAGCCGUAACUCAGGCCGCAGAGGACGCUAAAAAGGAGGCCGACAGCCGGGCGAAAGGAGCCGAGGAGGAGCUGGAGCGGAGGAGAGGGGAACUGCGGGAUCUGGCAGAAAAGCUGCGGAAGGCAGAAGAAGAGAGCAGCAACCGGAAAGCCAGACUGGACUCCUUCACCAAAGCCAUGAGCUCCCUGCAGGACGACAGAGACCGAGUCCUCAACACGUACAAACAGCUGGAGGAGAAACACCUGCAGGUGAUGAUGGAGAAAGACGCUCUGAUCCAGGAGGCCGCGGGGGAGAACAACGGCCUGCGGGAGGAGCUGCGCUCUCUGCUCGUCCAGAGAGACGACUUGUACGCGGAGAAGGCCCAGCUGUCGGCUCAGCUUCACGGCUACCGCGACGAGCUCACCCAAGUCCUGAGCAUGAAGGACUCGCAGCACAAGCAGCUCCUGGCCACUCAGCGGCAGCGGAUCGCCUCGCUGGAGAAAGAGCGGCAGGAAUUGGAAGGUCAGGUGAAGCGCGUGGGGGAGGGGGCGGCGCCGGCGGCGGGCGGCGCGGAGAGGGAGACCCUCAGUCGCGCCGCCGACGGUCUCGGGGCGCCGCCUCCUCCGGUGACAGACGCCCCGGGGGCGGAAGUGGAGAAGCUGAGGGAGCAGCUGCGGGCGGCGCGGGAUCAAGCGGCGGCGUUGGAGGAGAGCCUGCGGCAGGAGAGGCAAGCGCAGGAGAGCGGGGGCAAGGAGCUGGCCGAGCUGCGGUGGGAGGGGGGCGUGAUGCGCACGGAGUCGGAGAACGCCCAGGAGCGGGUGGCCGAGCUGGCCCGGGACCUGCUGGCCGUGGAGCAGAACCUGCUGGAGGAGAGGGCGGCGGCCACGCGGCUGAGGGCCGAGAACCAGUCGUUCUCCAGGGCCAUGGCGUCCCUCCAGGACAGCAGGGACCAGGCGGUGAGCAAGGCCCAGGAGCUGAGCCUGAAGAUGGAGGAGACGAGCAAGGCGGGCGGCCACGGGGGCUCCACCGGAGAGGUGUGGGGGCUGAAGAACGCGCUGCAAGCCCUGCAGAACGACCGGGAGAGGCUGCUGGAGCAGCUUCAGGCCCAGUCGUCUGAGAUCAAGGCGCUGAAGUCCGAGCUGGCUCGACUGGGAGCGGGAGAGCUGAUCAAAGUCAGCCGGGAGCUGAUCGAGGAGAAGGCGAAGAACGAGGACCUGCUGGGUGACGCCGAGCAGCUGGAGAACGAGGUGGAACUGGGCAAGCGGGAGAUCGAAACUCUCAGGCUGGAGUGUGUCGACUGGAGGGCUCAGGCCGAGCAGCUGAAGCAGCAGACUCUCGCCACGCUGUCGGAGAGGGACCAGCAACUGCGGCAGCUCGCCGCCAUGCUGGAGGAAGCUCGCGCUCAGCAGCCCAAACUUCAGCAGGAGCAGUAUCAGAGAGCGGCCUCGGAGGCGCUGGACAGCGCUCCGGGGGCGCCUCAGGAGCGGAGCAGCGCCGGGGACGGCAGCGCCUACGUCGCCGAGGUCAAAGAGUUACAGAGACGGCUGGGGGAGGAGGUGCAGCAGCGGGUGGCCGCGGAGGAGCAGCUGAUGUGCACACAGGAUCGGCUCAAACGCCAGGCUAAGUGGCCCCCCGCACAAGACGCCGACCCCUCUGAGACUGCGCUUCUGAUCGAGCCGGAAGGAGUCGUCACUCGCACUCGGAGAGGCGGCCCCGGCCUGGUGCGGAUGCUGCGCGUGGCCUUCUGCUCCCGUCAGCGCACUCCUCUGCUGUUCAGCCUCUACCUGCUCACCGUGCACGUGCUGCUGCUGCUGUGCCUGGGCGGAUACCUCUGAGACCGCCUCCCUCUUUUUUUUUUUAAAAAGACAAAAAACCUGGCGGAUGAGAUCGAGGCGGGGAGAGAAACUGGGAAAUGCGACACACACCUGACCCCAAGCCAUCUAUGUGUUUUUAUUCGUUGCGUGUGAUAGAAUGUAGAAAGAUGUUCUACAGACAAACGUUGCACUUUACAGGCCAAACUGUGUCAAUUGGUACAGGAAGCUGCAGUUUUUAGAUCCGCACAGGAAAGGUGUCACCGGCAUCCUGGGGGCCGGUUUGUCGCUACGCUAAAUCCCCGUUAAUAACGAUGUCACAGUCGUCCGUUAGCUUAGCAUCCGGACUGGGAAGCGCCACGUUGUACCACGUUUGGUUGAUUUCGUGCUAAGCUAACCAUCUGCUGUGUAAUAAGCGUAUAUAUAUAUUUCCCAAAAUGUCACUGUUCUUCGAGGAUGGCUUGAGGUUCGGAGGCGUUUUGUUACAGUCUCUUCCUCACCCACUCGUCUCCUUCGCAGCGACAGAGCACAGUGCAAUUCACCUUACACAUUCCUAUCGGGGGUCUACUUUUCUUUUCUCCUUCAACGAAUCACAAUUAGAAAAAGGGGGUCGUAUUUAUAUUUGUACAUAUAUGAUUGUGUUACGUAUGAUAUCUGGACGUGGGGACUUUACGGUUUGCUCUGUAGUUUUUAAUGACGGAUGAAGUUGCCUUUCAGGUGCAACGUAGCCACCGUGUGGAUUCCUUCCAGGGGAGAAAGACGUGCUGUUUUCUAACGAUACCGAUCCAAUGAUUGGCGACGCCGAUGUAGCAUAAUUUAUUGCCAUAACGGUUAAGAUGAUCCACUACCUACGCGUGCAUUGACAUCACCCUCUCGAUUCUUGCUUAUUUAACCGCUCACUGUUGGUGAAGUGAUUCCUCUGUGAUCCUCCUCCUAAACAUUCGUGUUCUUAUUCACAUCUUACACACUGAAGUCUACUUUUAAGUGUAAAUACCUGUUUAAAAGGGCUUUGUGGGAAACUGAAAUGUAAUAAAAGUGAUGGUGGAAUCGAUCAGGGGAAAAAUCUUGCCAGGCAUUAAUAAUUUUUUUUUAACUUACUGUGAGAAUUGUUUAUUUGGCCACAGUUUAAUUUUAAUUCAACCAUAAACUGUUGGGUGAUGAAGAAAUGGGUUUCAUUAAUCAGUGAUUUGUUUCACAAAACAUUCAUAACAACGGGAGUGAGAUCACAACCUACUGUGACAUUUUGUAAUUUACACAAUAAAGCGCUGCGUCUUAAAAACUGUUGUGCUCUUCUAUAGAAACACAAUUCAAACACGCUUAAGUCACUUUUAAGGCACUGGAACCGUGACACCUGCAGCCACUUUUUAAAUGCUUUGCUCACCAAACAACAAAAUAAAAGAAAUGUCUUUGAAUUUA